AUGUCUCCCACUGCCUUCUGCCUCCACCAUCUGGCAAGCCUGGACUUAAUUUCUGUCUACAAGUUGAGGGCUGAGGCCUCUGCAGGCUGCCUCAGGCUGCGGCGUUUGGACUUGGACUCAGAGCUGGGAGUUGAAAGUCACAUGAUCACUCAACUCGAUGUGUUGGAACUUGAACGUAAACUUGUCACUUUCCUCUUGCUUUCCUCCCUGCAAAGUCUUCAACCUUGUCUCUUUGGCUGGGUAACACUUGCACAGGUCUCAGUCACCAAGACACACGAGGAGGAGGGGGCAGGCAAGUCAUUGGGUCAAACAGGGUGGAUUGUGGUUACAUGCUCGCAGCUGCUGACCAACGAGAAAGGCGAGGCUCGACGAAGAGUGAUAUUAACCUAG